UCGGGAAAUGCGAAUAAGGAACAUCCAUGAUGUUGGGUUCAUUGACCCACAAAUCGUUAAUGGAUAUGUGUUAAAACAACACCCCGCCGACGUGGAGGAAGACUUGUACCAGUUUCUUAAAAAGCAGCAACUCAAAAGUCAAAUUCUAUUUCCUUACCAUUUUGGGUUCCACUGGAUUCUGCUAAUAAUUGAAUUUCACACCUCCAGAGUUGUCAUCAUGGACUCUCUAAAUAUGGAUCCAAAGCUUUGGGUCAACAUGAGAAAAAUGCUGCAAAAGCUUUGGACACGGUUCACAAAUGAAACGGUCGGUGAAUUCAAAAAAGAGCUAGACUUUAGAAGGUCACUGACUGGGGAUAUUCAGCCACCGGGGACCAAUCUAUGUGGAUAUUAUAUUUGUGAGUUCAUCCGGAGAUACACUGAUACGUCCCAAACGUAUCUAUAAUUUCUUAUGUUCCAUGCUACUUUUAUGAUGAUACUCACAUGUUUUAUACACAUUAUAUGUCAUUAUUAUGCAUUU